UAAUCAUCCCUCCUUUCCAUCAAUCAUCAUGCGCAUAGCACCAAAUAGAAAUCGGGAUCUUAGAUGUAAUAACUUUAACAUGUUCUGUUGCGAUUUCAAUUAUUCUUCACUUAAACCCCGCAGUCUCGUAUCGAUCCCUGGAAAUCCGUUGCGGGCAGAAUGCAACGCCAGAUCAGGAUACGAGCCCGGCCUACGAUACGACUUAAUGCCAAUAGCCAUGGACUGACUACCAUGGACCCAUUCAAGAUGGCACAUUGCAAAGAUCCGGCUAUUUAUGUUCUUAUGAUAGACCUCUUUCCGCGAACUCCAAUCUGAGCUGCCAUAAAUCAUCCACUGAUGCAUCAUGUUUCGCUUCAGUAGUGAGCUUCCCAUCGUCGCCUUCGCUUGGCUCUUCUGCUGUGUCGCAUGUCAAAGCGACAAUCUGGGCCUUAAGAAUGGCUAUAUCACUAUUAAAACUGCCAAUUUCAAUGCUAAGAUUGUUCGCGAUGCCCAAGUACUUGCGUCGUUGAGUCCGGCAGGAGAUUCAUUUGACUUCCUACCCUUUGACUUAAUUUCGGCUCGGGCUGGAAAUGGCCAGUAUCAUUGGGGUGAUAUUACAUACCGUUAUCGCGAAGAUAAUAAUGGUCCGUGGAUCGACGGCGACUCUGCCGCUUCCCGGAAGGCCGUCACCACCUACAAGGUCGGGACAGGAGUCCUAGCUUCUUCAGGCCUGACACCAACACUUCCCGGCGGGGGACCUUUGAAUGUGACUCGUGAAUGGCUCGAUGUCUCCGGUGAUCUGGCUCUACGUUUCACAAUCGAGAACUCGGGAGCGUCUCCCGUUGAGAUAGGCAGUUUGGGGUUUCCCGCUGAGUUCAACAGCAUUUUUACAAAUCGUGCCGCAGGCGAUACGCAGCGUCUGUGUUCACUAUCUGAUCCAUAUGUCGGAAUGCACGCGGGUUACAUCCGCGUCAGCCCUGUUCGAGGAACCGGUGCCGCGCUUGUCGUUACGCCACUUGGGGAUACUCCGUUGGAAGCAUAUCGCAAUUUAGACGAGCCUUAUUACCAGGCCACAGAUUAUGGCAGUCAGACCUUCGAGGGCUUCUAUGAGUGGCAAGUCCUUAGUCGCGCAUGGGCUGAGAAAGAAUGGGCAAGUGUGAAAUCGUGGAAUACGCCUUCGUCAAAAAUCCUCCAACCCGGUCAAAUACUACAGUUUGGAGUGCGCUUUUCCGUAGCUAAAGGUGGCGUCCGUGACAUUGACGAAACUGUGCGAAAAACCGGCACCCCUGUAGCGUAUGGUGUUCCUGGAUACAUCAUCCCAAGAGGAUCAACAUCGCAACUUUUCUUGAAAGCCGAGUCGAACCCGAUAUCUUUUUCCAGUGAACCUGUAGAGUCCAUAGCCUUCAGUCAGCUCUCAUCGGGCUCAUACGGUAUAACUCCAUCUCCAACUUUUUGGGGUCGCUCAAGGCUUACAAUCGACUACGAGGAUGGAAAGACCCAAACAAUACAUUACUACAUCACUAAGUCUGGCACGGAGGCUAUUCGAGAUCUAGGACGGUUUCUUACAACGAAGCAGUGGUUCAAUGACACAUCCGACCCUUUUGGUCGUGCUCCUUCGGUUAUGAGUUAUGACUACGAGGCUAGUUCUAUCGUGACGCAAGACCCGCGAGUCUGGAUCGCCGGACUCAGUGACGAAGGAGGCGUGGGUGCAUACCUCGCUGCGAUUGUGAAGCAGGUUAUCCAGCCAGAUCCCGAGGAGGUAUCAAAGCUCGAGAUGUUCAUUGACAAGGUUCUCUGGGGCACUAUCCAGACGACAGAUUUCGGUGUCCGUAAAAGCAUAUUCUACUACGAUCCCUCAGUCGUCCCAAAAUACACCUAUAAUUCUGCUUUCGAUUGGUCUAGCUGGACUUCGUGGAAAAAGGAUGCGGCCUACGCAAUCGAUCGGGCCUACGACUACGUUCAUGUUGCAGCAGCCUAUUGGUCUUUAUACCGCGUGGCGCGGGCCUACCCUGCGAUAGUAAAGAGCCAUGAUUGGAAAUGGUAUAUCAACCAAGCUUAUAACACUGUCCUACGCGGGAUGCAGUCCGACGUUGCAUAUAACGAGGUUGGACUAAUGGGUGAGACAGUAUUCGGGGAGAUCCUUAUCGAUCUUACUCGGGAAGGGCUAACUACGCAAGUUAACACGCUCACUAGAGCUAUGAGAUCAAGAGCUGCACAAUGGGAUUCUGAAGAAGUUCCUUACGGAAGCGAGAUGGCCUGGGACUCCACCGGCCAAGAAGGAGUUUACUACUGGGCGAAAUAUUUCGGCUUCUCAAACACAGUAACAAAAACAGUAAAUAGCGUUCUGGGUUAUAUGCCCACGGUUCCCCACUGGGGAUGGAAUGGGAACGCUCGUAGGUACUGGGAUAAUAUUUACGGGGGCAAGCUCCAGCGCAUUGAGCGGCAAAUCCACCAUUACGGAUCAGGCCUCAACUCUCUGGUUCUCCUCUCGGCCUUCCGCAGCAAUCCCACGGAUACCUACCUCCUUCAAGUCGGCUACGGUGGCGCCAGUGGGCCCCUAUCCAACAUCAACGAGGCUGGAUUCGCGUCUGCGUCCUUCCACUCUUGGCCGGAUACCUUGAAGUGGGACGGUUACAGCGGAGACUACGGUCCCGGGUUUCUGGGGUUGGUUCUCGGCUCUGGCACGUACGUCGCGCAGCACACUAGUUUCGGACUACUCGCGUACGGCGGCGUGCUUUCCAGCACCGAUAACAAGGUCAACGUGCAGACUAACGGCCCUGUGACUCGACGUAUCUUUAUAGGACCAUUGGGUGUGACAAUAAAUGCGGAUGCAGGCAGCAUAAGCAGUUUCAGCUAUGCAAGCUCAUCGGGUGCUAUUUCCGUCGUACUAACGCAGCUUUCCGGUGCACCAAAGGCGGCCGCCGCGGUUUUGUGGGUCGACAAUAGUGGGGACUCGGCCUCGUACCGCAUAUCAAGCCCAGAAGCGACUCGUGAGCGAUCGGGGUGGCGGAUCCCGCUGACAGCUAGUGGUAAUGUGGUGGUUGAGUUGACAAGGGGUUAGGUGAGGUACUUAUACACUAUGUAUACCUAUUUAUCCUAUCAAAUUAACUACCUAAUUCAACGAAUAAUUCAGUAACUCUUUAGGACCGUGUUAAGGAGUUAGUAACGCUAUAAGGGACAUGAUUUUAGCUACAUCACAAAAUACGGGUCCUUUACUACGAUUAUCACGUAUGCGAUCAAGACACGGUCUAGGUACGAUCAUGCGAGGUACUCAAUUCGAUACACGGAUCGAUUCAUCCACGUCUAUUAGCAACGCCUUUUUUGCGUCCAACGUACAGUGGUAUCGGUCAGCCGUGCUCGCCCAUUUUGUUCACUCAUUUAUUCCUCUGCACCCUCCGGCCCCGGCCCUUGUCGGCCCAUCUGGCGCGCCUUGAGCAUUUCGUCGCAAAGUAGGAGAUUAGACGCGAUACUUGAUGAAGAGGCCACGCAGUUCCUCAGUACUCUAAAUGAAUCGUAGACACCCUCCAAAGUAGGGUCCAUAGGCUGGCCAAGCACUAGAUCCAAUCCGACAACGUUGCCAUCUGCGUGCUCGUCUUGGAGCGAGGCAACUGUGGCAG